CAUGGCGCCCCAUUAUUUUGACAGUUCCAGGACCUCAACUGGCACGUAAAAAAGUUAUGCGUUUGAGGUUUCCAUGACAUCCCUCUGCGAAAUCAUCGAUAGAAGCUAACUAGCUAAGUCAUUAUAAAUAGCCCCUAAGCUAGCAGACGUGGGUGAAAUCUGCACAAAUCGAUCUUCAUAACUCCAUCAAAAUACGGAGUACUUAUAUAUUUUGUUCUUUCUCAAGAUCAAAACUACUCCCUCCGUCCCAGAAUUAACUUCUGUUUUGACUGGGCACGGAGAUUAAGAAAGUGGGAAAUGUGUGGUGGAGAGUUGUGCAGAGGAGAGAGAAAUGUGUAAGAAUGGUUGUGAACCACAAAUCCUUUGCUAAAAAAAGGAAAGAGGAGAUAAAUUUGGGACGGACCAAAAAGGAAAGAAUGAAGAUAAUUAUGGGACGGAGGGAGUAUUUGUUAAUAACUACUCCGUAUUACUAUUUAUACUUCCACUUUUCGGUUUUCAGAGUUUGUAGAGUUGUGAAGUUGCUUGCCAAGAACUUUUUGGGGAAAAAGCAAAGCAGCAGAAUUGUUUGCAGAAAUGAAAGAUGAUGGUGGGGUUAUCCAUUGCAUUGAGAUAAUAAAUUUGAUUGAAAAAGGAGUGAUAAAAUGGGAAUUUGCAUUUAGCACUCUAGCUAAAGCUGAAACGAAGUGAUAAUGUCAGGGGAAACUUCGAACACCAAGGUCUGUGUCCUAUUCUGACAAGUGAAUGAGCAGAUUCAAGGAACAAAUUCAGAACAUAUUGAUCUUACUCUAAAUGAUACUUUGGGCUCAAAUGAUGAUACCACCUUAUAGGAGGGAAAAGAGGUGUUGAGAUGGAUGGUCAGACGCUCCAAUACAAGGAAUGACGAAGAGAAAAAGAAAACGCAGCGAGGAUGAAGAUUGAGAAAAUCUGAUUGAAUUGAAGGUGUUUACUUGACUAAUAAGAUCUUAAAUAUAUCAGAGGAGUUUUGGGUAAACAAUGUUGGGAUAUAUAUCAGAGGAGUUUUGGGUAAAUAUCUUAAAUCGGUAAAUGUUGGAGUUUUGGGGCUUGAAAAUUUUAUCAGAGGAGCAUUCGGUAAACAAUGGCCUGGUGCAAUGUUCAGUCCAAAGAGAAAAGUUGGGAUAUUGUCUGAGAGUGGCAAAACGCAGGUUGCUUCCUUUCAAUGUGGGAAUUUGUUCUUUGAACUCAUGAGCAAAGUCAAAACUAUGGGUUAUGUUUCUGUCUCUCUAGAAGAGUUGGUAUACCCAACCUCUAAUCUCUAUGAAAAAAUGGCUUGGAUAGAACCAAAAGAACCCACAUUGAGAGACCCACUAGCUGCCAGAACCAAAAGAAUCCACAUUGACAACCAACAUUUGAGCUAUGAAGUUGAACCAAGAGCAAAAAUCAGCAUGCAAUGGGUGUGGGUACUUCCAAUGGUACAAUGAGAAUGACAUGCAUUGUGAUGAAUUCAAAAUGGAGAAAGACAUAGUCAUUGAUAAGUUGUUGGCUGAGGACCAAGGCAUAGUCAUUGAGAAGUUGGUGGCCGAGAAGAAGAUUUUGGAAGAAAAAGUUCAAAAGCUGAAGAACAAGAACAAAAAAAUGAGUGUCAAAAUUACUGAAGUGCAGAUGAUGGCUUCCAAAAGUGCUAAAGGAGAAAGAAAUACGAUUAUGGUUGUACUUGUAUCAUGGAUAGUGUUUGGUAUUUUAGGUUAUUUGAAGUGAAAUUUAGAAGAGUAAAGUUUGUAUGUAAUGUUUAGCCCUGCUGCAUCGGAUAAUGAUUGCUAUUAUGGUUGUAUUUUACCUAUAACACUGAGUAAAGAUUUGUAUGUUUCAGAACCGAAGAAUCGGAAAUAAUGUAAUACCGUACCGUGCCGUACCGAAAAACCGUCCUGAACCGUUCCAGAUCUGCUCUAGAUUGGGCGGUGGCAUUCUCACUCAGAUGAGGUGGAGGAUGGGAGUUGCUGAGUUGGAUUCAAGUAACAACUAUUAAAUGCCACGUUAGCGUU